AUGAAGCCUCCACCACUAACCAUGCAGUGGAGUCUAUCUCUCUGCUCUUUAAUAGGAGUUGUGUCAUUAGCCCAGAUGAGCAGUACCUCAACAGUAAACGUUGCGUUACAAGGAGUGGCCACUCAGUCAUCACUGUAUGGUACGGAUAUUAAUAAUGUGAAAGCUUCUAAUGCCAUUGAUGGGAGCAAAAACCCAAAUGCCGACCUAGGAUCCUGCACCCACACGGAGUUGGAGGCCAACCCCUGGUGGAGCGUGAACCUGCUGGAUGUGUACAAAGUGACUGCUGUUGUCAUCACCAACAGAAACAGCAAUCCUGAGAGGCUCAAUGGUGCAGAGAUCCGUAUUGGUAAUUCACUGGAGAACAAUGGCAACAACAACAGCAUAUGUACAGUCAUCUCCAACAUCACAGCAGGAAAUAACGAGACCUUCCAGUGUAAAGAGAUGGAGGGACACUAUGUCAAUGUGAUCAUCCAUGGCACUGGAAAAAUUCUCACUCUGUGUGAGGUGGAGGUAUAUGGCAGUCUAGCAGGAUACUGUUCAUCUGCAACAUGCCUCCCUCAUGACGAGUAUCACUUUGUGAACCAAAAUAAGAAUUGGACUGAAGCACAGAGUUACUGCAGAAAUAACUACACUGACCUGGCCACCAUAGACAACGUGGAGGACUUGGCCAGACAGAUGAUGACUGUACACAGUGGUUAUACUGAAGCAGCCUGGAUAGGGUUAAAGAAGGGAGAGUGGCAGUGGUCAGAGAAUGAUUGCAGUGAGAGAUAUUUCAACUGGCUCCAAGACGAACCAAAUAACGGGAGAGGGAACGAGGACUGUGUGAUGAUGAGCAACGGUGGUCAAUGGAAUAAAUCCAAUUGCAACAAUUUACAUGUGUUUAUCUGCUAUGACAGGCUGAACAGUUCUGGUAAGACAUUCCACUUGAUUAAUAAUACUCUGAUGACUUGGAGAGAUGCUCAGAUGUACUGUAGGGAGCAUCACACAGACCUGGCCAGUGUGAGGAACCAGACUGAGAAUGAGGAGAUAUGUAGACUGGCUAAUGGUCACUGUGUGUGGAUCGGCUUGUUCAGAAGCUCCUGGAAGUGGUCGGACCAGAGUAACUCCUCAUUCAGAAACUGGCAUGAGGGACAACCCAAUAACGUCGGAGGGAAUCAGACUUGUGCUGUGACAUUGAUGAACUAUUCAGGGCGUUGGGGUUUUCGGAAGUGUGAUAAAGAACGACCUUUCUUCUGUUACUACAGUGAGUGGCCCUCUCCUCUGUUCAUGGCAUCUCUAAUGUUGCUGAGUUAUGGAGAAAACUACAGCUACACGUCUGAACGUGUUAUAACAGCCUUUCUCACACCUCUCCUCAGGGACACCUAGACAGUUCAACUAUGUUGUUAUAGCCCUUAACUAGCUCACCUGAUUCACCUAUUCAAGGGCUUGAUGAUUAGUUGACAGGUUGAAUCAGGGGUGCUAGAUCUAGAAUAAAUCAAAUGCAUGGUAUGGCUGGGAUCCCAGAGUGAAGGUUUGAAAAAAGGCUCGUUUUUUUUUUUUCUCAGAUAAGGCGAUCCUGAUUCAUCAGAAGAAGACGUGGAAAGAUGCCCUGGCCUACUGCAGAGAGCACCACAACGACCUGGUCUCUGCCCACUCUGAGGAGAUCCAGAGAUGGGUGGAGGCCAGGGCCAAGAGGUCCUCCACUCCUCAUGUGUGGCUGGGCCUGCGCUACACCUGCACCUUGAACAUCUGGUUCUGGGUCAGUGGAGAGGCCACCUGCUACCACAACUGGGCUCCGGGAAACGGGACCGUCAUGGAGGACUGUGGGAAAACCAGAGCGGGGAGAACCGGGGCGGUAGAGAAAGAUGGACGUCACCAGUGGGUCAGUCUGCCUGACACCGAGAAGCUCAACUUCAUCUGCAGCACCUCUAACUAACAGGUAGUAGAACCUGGACCCAGCUCUAGCACGGUGGCUUUCCCAGACACAGACUUGGCCUGGACCUGGACGUAAAAGCAGAGAAGAAUCUCUAUUGAGAAUGCUUCUUAGUCCAGGUCUAGGCCAAAUCUGUGUCUGGGAAACCGGCCCUCAGUCUUCAGAUCCAGAUCUUUUCAUUCAUAGAACUUUCUAGGAGCAUGUUGCUGUCGUAGCUUUUUGAAAAAGAAAAGCCUCCCACUCUAGGAGCUCAGACGCAAUAAUUUAAUAACCAAAGUUUGGUCAGACCAGCUGUCUUCAUCAGGGUAUAAUGACAAACACUGCGGGUCACUAGUUUAUAUAGUGUCAAAGGACACACGCAGGUGUCUGUAAUCAUGGCCGGGUGUGGCCUGAUAGCAUUGGUUGCUUUACAGAUAUAAAUAGAACAUACGAUCAUAGAUACGAUUGGUUACACAGGCCUACAAACAUUUACAAUGGAUAGCAAAAACACAAGAAUGGCUUCAAAUCAAAGUCUACGUUGAGAUCGAAGGGAGCAAGGGUCUUCAAAUGAAAGAUCCAGGCAGCCUCUCGUUUUAACAAUCAAUUGUCAAGAUCGUAACUUUACCACUUUUUGUUUGACAUUAUAUUGUAUUGUGUGUGACUUAAUAAUGAUUAGAUUUGAUAGAUUAUGUUUAAGGAAAAAAUCUUUGUUUUAUCUUUGAGUUUGGUUAUUUACAUCCUUUUCACAUAUUUGGUCCAAACGUUUUAUUCGUCUUUUAAUCACAUAUAGGCCUCACUCAUAAAAUGGAUGAUCGUUGUUGAUGUUGUUCUUUUAGUGUCAGUAGUAAUGCUGUGUGAGUAUGUGAUGUUGGAUGGUGGUUUAAAUGUCAUAUUUUGAUGCUGUUUUGAACUAUUUAUUUUUUGUUUAAGGGAUUGUUUUACUAUUAUUGAUUCAUCGCCAAUGUGGCUAAAAAAAAAAUAUAUAUAUAUAUAUACUGUAUAUAUUUGUCAAGUUGCUGUGUAAUAAAAAUAAAUAAAAAACUUCUGUGGGCGUGGUUUAUAUAGCUAGAUAGCUACUCUACUGGUGCCAAAAUGUGACUGUAGGGUGUCAGCAAAUAUAAUUAAAAGUUUACCCUAUUCAUCUAUGGCAAAGAUAUGUUUCCCCUUUCAUCUGGUGUUAACUAGUUACUGGCUAGCUGGGUCUUCAGCCAGCCAGCAUGCAACAAAGGGGGGGGGGGGGUUGUUCAAAACUCCAACGCAGUUGUCAAGUCAACAUAUCCGUCAGUGCUGCUGUGAACCGCGUCACAAGAGAAAUGCCAAACGGGAGAUAGAUUUAAAAAUAUAUAUAUAUAUAUAUAUAUAUCACUGAUGCAAUUUCAAUGUUUCAGUUGCUUUGUGUAUCACCAGAUUUGCUUGAGAUGAUUUUAUUGCAAAACUGUUCACUGCACCCAAGUUGCUUGACAUAGGCGUUUCAACGAGCAUGAAUAUAAGCUCCCUGCUCACUCAGCCUGUCUUUUCAAACUUCCUGGUAGUUAGUCGUGUGAGAAAAUAAAUACUUUUCAGAAUGACAGUUCAGGACCUUUAAAACUUCUUAACUAUAAAAUGUGAUGCUUAGCUUAUAUUGUAUCCACUUUGUUUCCCCUGAAUAAUUUCAAUAAAAUCAUUCAAAAAAAGAUCUAGAAUCAAAAUGAGAAUGGAAGAAUGUGAUCAUAUCGAAUACUCUGAGUAUAUCAAACAUUAGGAACACUGCAAAACACCGCAACAAAAACUAUUUAUCACGACAAAGUCCCAUUAAAGUUGCUGUGUGGAGAGGAUGACUAAAGUGUGGUCUAUGAAAAAUGUAUUAGCGUCAAACUUCAAACCUUCAAACGAGGCAGGUGAAUUUACAAGGAAGGGUUGGGCUCUUUCAUAUCCUCGACUAAUUCAAUUGGGAUCCCGAUGCUGAGGGAUGGCAGUCAAGGUCCCAGGGAGGUCGCUGUCCCAGCACCCCUCUGUCAACUGCUCCCCAGAUAAUGAGAUUCAACCUCAUUAAAUCACAUUAGUCAUCCCAAAGGGUGUUUUUGGCACGGGUUUGAAAAGAAACAUCACGACUCUCUCCCUCCCUCCCUCAGACAAACUCAGCCAGCCCUUAUCUCUGGGCUCCAGCAGUCUGGCUGUUCUCUGAUGCCUCUGACACAGUUCUUUUGGGUGUUGGAUGUAAUUCCAGCCGGGGAGAAUCACCUGAUUUAUAAAAAGUUUGGUCUGUGAUUCAUCCAAGACAUUCAUGAGGGUGUUGUUCAGAAUUUUCUAUUUGAGGGACAGAUGAAAAGUAUCCGACAUUUCAUUUUCUCCAGUCGCUGUCGGCUUUUUCAAUGUAGACAUUUUCAAUCACGGCUGGUCCGUUAUUGGGUGAGGCAUGCCAACAUGUUGAUAUGAAACCUUUUCAAGUACAACCCGGGGGUUAGAUUGAUGGCGAUCCCAUCUUGCUGGUUUGUUCCGGCAGACAUAAGAAUGGCAAUAGACUCUCUGGACGUGUUUAUGGUCAUAAUGGACGUACGCCAACCUCAUUUUCUUUCAAUGUAAAAGGUAUUCACUGGCGCCACCUGGUGGUGAUGAGCUUAAGCACUACAGACAAGUUCUACAUGCAGCUUUGUGAUGAAUGUUCUAGGUGCCAUUUUACAUACUGGACACAUGCUGAGUGAUAACUUGUACAUUGAGGGAAUGACUACUACAAACAAAAACAGCACACACACUUGUAGUUUUCCUGGUGGUCAAAUGAGGAGGAGGCUCAUCAAGCCAGUGUCAGCUCCUCCAGCAGAUAACAGUUACAUACAGGGCAUAAGGAGUUUAUUUUAAGCCUUGGCAGAGUUAUGCACCGUCUGCCUGAUGCAGGCAUAUUUUAUUCACCUCCUUUCAAGUGGCUGUUGGAGUUGUCCUGCUGACACUAUUCAUUUGCUUGAUGGGUGGGAGCGCUCUACUCUGCCUUUUAACUGGGGAUGUUCUGCUCCUGUUAUUCUCCUGGCUGUAUCUGUUCUUGAUUAUAAACUAUAAAAGGCAUAUACAGCUCUCUCUCUCUCUCUCUCUCUCUCUCUCUCUCUCUCUCUCUCUCUCUCCCUCUCUCAUACUUAGUAAAAGUCUACUCUCCGGCACAGUUUUCACAUUCAAUUAGAUGUUUCCCCUACAGAUCUACACAACCUACUCAACCUUUUAAAAGUGAAAGAAAAUUGUAGAAAAUGUUCCAAAUUAAUAAAAAAAAAAAUAAAAACAAAGAUGUCUUCACACCCCAGAGAUAAUACUUGUUGGAAGCACUGUUGGCAGCCAUUAGAGCUGUGGAAAUUUUUAAUAAGAUUCUAACUUUGCACAAGUCUUAAGGCAACAUAUAUUCAUAGUUUUUGUCAAAAUUGUUCAAGCUCAGUAAAUUUGGUUGGUAGUCAUUGAUGGACAGCUACCCACUGGGCACAGACGUCAGUUCAACGUAUAGUUUUGAUUUACAUUUGGUUGAGUUGUCAACUAAUGUGAAUUCAACGUGAAAUCAACAAAACAUUUCACCAUGUCAUUGGAUUUAGGUUAAAAGUUGGGUUGAAAAAAAUAUGAAAUUCCCUUACAUUGAUUACUUUUUGCAAAUCCAAUCAGUUUUCCACAUUGACUCAACGUCAUCACAUAUACUUUUUGUCGUUGAAAUGACCUGGAAACAACGUUUUUUUCCCAUUGGGAAUAUUCAAACCUUGUCUCUAAAUGUUCAAGCAGAUUUAAGUCAGGACUGAGACUGGACUUUUCAGGAACACUCACCACUUCUUGGUGGAUGAAAUGAAAAACAGCUUCUAUCUCAAGGCCAUCAGACUGUUAAAUAGCCAUCACUAGCACAUUAGAGGCUGCUGCUGCCUAUUGAAAUCACUGGCCACUUUAAGAAAUGGAACACUAGUCACUUUAAUAAUGUUUACAUAUCUUGCACUACUCAUCUCAUAUGUAUAUACUGUAUUCUAUACUAUUCUACUGUAUCUUAGUCCAAUGCCGCUCUGUCAUUGCUUGUCCAUAUUUUUAUAUAUUCUUAAUUCCAUUCCUUACUUAGAUUUGUGUGUAUUGGGUAUAUGUUGUGAAAUUGUUAGAUAUUACUUGUUAGAUAUUACUGCACUGUCGGAGCUAGAAGCACAAGCAUUUCACUACACCCGCAAUAACAUCUGCUAAACACGUGUAUGUGACAAAUACAUUUGAUUUGAUUUGAUUUGAAAGCCACGCUGGUGUGUCUUUGGCAUUAAAAUGUGUUUAAUUGUCUCGCUGAAAAAUACAACCCUAUCCCAGGGUUUUCAGAAGACUACGGUAAGUUUCCCUCUAACUUUUUACCAUCAAUGACUCCCAACCAAAUGUACUGAACUUUAAGCAAUUUUGAUCAAAACAAUACAGUGCAUUCGGAAAGUAUUCAGACCCCUGGACUUUUUCCACAUCUUGUUACGUUACAGCCUUAUUCUAAAAUUGAUUAAAUAAAUGUUUUUCCUCAUCAAUCUACACACAAUACCCCAUAAUGACAAAGUGAAAACAGGUUUUUAGAAAUGUUUGCUAAUUUAUUAAAAAUAAAAACCAGAAAUACAUAAGUAUUCCGACCCUUUGCUAUGAGACUCGAAAUUGAGCUCAGGUGCAUCCUGUAUCCAUUGAUCAUCCUUGAGAUGUUUCUACUACUUGAUUGGAGUCCACCUGUGGUAAAUUCAAUUGAUUGGACAUGAUUUGGAAAGGUACAUACCUGUCUAUAUUAGGUCCCACAGUUGACAGUGCAUGUCAGAGCAAAAAACAAGCCAUGAGGUCAAAGGAAUUGUCCAUAGAGCUCCGAGACAGGAUUGUGUUGAGGCACAGAUCUGGGGAAGGGUACCAAAAAAUUUCUGCAGCAUUGAAGGCCCCCAAGAACACAGUGGCCUCCAUCAUUAAUAAAUGGAAGAAGUUUGGAACCACCAAGACUAUUCCUAGAGCUGGCCGCCCGGCCAAACUGAGCAAUUGGGGUGAGAAGGGCCUUGGUCAGGGAGGUGACCAAGAACCUGAUGGUCACUCUGACAGAGCUUCAGAGUUCCUCUGUGGAGAUGGGAGAACCUUCCAGAAGGACAACCAUCUCUGCAGCACUCCACCAAUCAGGUCUUUAUGGUAGAGUGGCCAGACGGAAGCCACUUCUCAGUAAAAGGCACAUGACAGCCUGCUUGGAGUUUGCCAAAAGGCACCUAAAGGACUCUCAGACCAUGAGAAACAAGAUUCUCUGGUCUGAUAAAACCAAGAUUGAACUUUUUGGCCUGAAUGCCAAGCGUCACGUCUGGAGGAAACCAGGCACCGCUCAUUACCUGGCCAAUACCAUCCCUACGGUGAAGCAUGGAGGUGGCAGCAUCACGCUGUGGGGAUGUUUUCAGCUGAAGGGACUGGGAGACUAGUCAGGAUCGAUGGAAAGAUGAACGGAGCAAAGUACAGAGAGGUCCUUGAUGAAAACCUGCUCCAGAGCGCUCAGGACCUCAGACUGGGGCGAAGGUUCACCUUCCAACAGGACAAUGACCUUAUGCACACAGCUAAGACAACGCAGGACUGGAUUCGGGACAAGUCUCUGAAUGUCCUUGAGAGGCCCAGCCAGAGCCCAGACUUGAACCCGAUCGAACAUCUCUGGAGAGACCUGAAAAUAGCUGUGCAGCAACGCUCCCCAUCCAACCUAACAGAGCUUGAGAGGAUCUGCAGAGAAGAAUGGGAGAACCAAAUACAGGUGUGCCAAGCUUGUAGCGUCAUACCCAAGAAGACUCAAGGCUGUAAUCACUGCCAAAGGUGCUUCAAUAAAGUACUGAGUAAAGGAUCUGAAUACUUAUGUCAUAUUUCAGUUUUUUUAUUUUUUAUAAAUUUGCAAACAUUUCUAAAAACCUGGUUUUGCUUUUGUCAUUAUGGGGUCUUGUGUGUAGAUUGAUGAGGGAAAAAACGAUUUAAUCCAUUUUAGAAUAAGGCUGUAACGUAACAAAAAUGUGGAAAAAGUGAAGGGGUCUGAAAAUGUGCCCUAAGUGUUGUGUAAGGUUGGUAGAAUCUUACUCAAAAUGAAUCACAGCUGUAACGACUGCCAAAGGUGCUUCCAUCAAGAAUUAACUCGGGGAUGUGAAGACAUACGCAAUCAAGACAUCAUCAUUUUACAUUUGUAUUAAUUAGGACAUUUUUCUAUAAAUUUUCUUUAACUUUAAAAAUGUAGUAGUGUAGAUCGGUAGGGGGAAAAUAAUUGAAUGUAAGAUCGUUAGAUUACAUUUUAAGGCAGCUAAAUGUGAAGACUGUGCAAGGGGUGUGUAGACUUUUACUAGCGACCGUAUUACUUACCUAAUGAUGUGGAAUACUGCCGAUAUGAGGAGUUCAUUGUAUAUGGCAACAGUCAUGUAGCGUGGUUCAUGGAAGGCUGAUGGUACGGUCCGGACAGCAUAGCAGAGGUACACUCCCCACAGAAGAAACAGGAACUCGGCUAGAUAAGGAGAGGUCCACAAUACAGGUGGGUUAGACCAAUGUCCUUAACUCUAAAUGUCCUUAACUCUCACAAACAAAUAGCAGAGUUGCAGUAUAUACUGUCCACAACGCACAAUGAUUGCUCACUCAAAUUAUAUUCUGGAAGUUCUGCAUUAUUUACGACAACCAUUGUUGCUUUGGUAUGUACAAUUCAAGGGUGUCCUCAUGUCGCCUUCAAAGAAUAUGCAGUGCGCACUCCGGGAGAGGGAACUGCUUUGCGGAAACGUUGGUUGUUGGGUUUGCCCAUUGGAUUGUUGGGAGCAUGGAUGCAGUUUUCUCUCCGUUGGUCAGCACCUCCGCAAACAUUUUUGGGUGUGCGUCAGCUCAUGCUUUUUUCUAGACCCUUCAAAGAAUAUGAAAGAAGAUUUCACACUUGUUGACAAAGUAUCCUAUUGCUAUGAUCAUCGAGUGCAUUGUGUUCAUCUAAAAACCGCCUCAAUUCCUUCUCAUUUUUUAAAUUUAAAUUGUCAAAGAAUUCAUUUGCCAUAGAUCUACAAAGGGAAAUAUACAGGCCUCACAUCACUAAUCUCCACUCACACACAAUUCACUGGGGAAAAAGUGGCCAAAUGUACAGCCCUCAGCCUGUCUUUUGAUGCACAAAGUGUUGAUGGCUGCACAUCAUGUAGUUACUAGCCACUGACAUUUGCUAAUCCCUUUCUGCCAACAUUGAUUUCCCACAGCUUGACUGCAAGCCCACUGCCUUGUUGACAGAUCUCCUGCUGACUGCCAGCCCACUGCCUUGUUGACAGAUCUCCUGACUGCCAGCCCACUGCCUUGUUGACAGAUCUCCUGCUGACUGCCAGCCCACUGCCUUGUUGACAGAUCUCCUGACUGCCAGUCCACUGCCUUGUUGACAGAUCUCCUGACUGCCAGCCCACUGCCUUGUUGACAGAUCUCCUGACUGCCAGCCCACUGCCUUGUUGACAGAUCUCCUGACUGCCAGUCCACUGCCUUCUUGACAGAUCUCCUGCUGACUGCCAGCCCACUGCCUUGUUGACAGAUCUCCUGCUGGAGAGGGAUCCUCUCUAGUGUUCCAAGGUCGCUGGCGAUUAGCAGACUGUAAGGCAGUCCAAGUCUCUCAUCUCUCCUUUAUUCAGAACUGUUCUCAGAACUGCUCUCUGUUGCCUGACUUAGUGUUAUUUGGGAGCGCAAAACUGUGACACUAAUUUACAUUCCUUUUCUAAAAACUGUUCUCAGUAGUCCGUGUCUCUCGUCUCUCCUUUAUUCUACGUUCUCAGAAAUGGGUCAUGUUCAUUCGACACCAAAUGGAAGAAAACGUACUGAAACAGGGAGGGACUACUUGGACUUGUCUGAUAUGAUUUUCUGUUGCAAAACUGCACGCCCUAAUGAAUACGACCCAGUUUUCAGAACUGUCGACUGUCUGACUCACUGUUAUUCGGGAACCUAUAACGUUGACCCUAAUUUACAUUCCUUUUCCAAUAACAUUUCUCUAAACUGUAAGGCAGUCUCUCAUGUUUCCUUUAUUCUAAGUUCUCAGAACUGUUCUCCAUUGUCUGACUCACUGUUAGUUGGGAGCCCAUAACAUUUAGCCUAAUUUACAUUCCUUCAAUAAUUAACACCAAAGACAACCUGGGAAUCAUGUCGGAUUACAGAUGAUCAUUUGUAAAUAGUGAUUAGAGUGUAUUAUUAUUCAUGAAAAUUCAUAAAUCAUGAUGACUUAUUAUAAGCUACUUAGUAUUUAACCAGUAUGCAUGGUGAGCUGUUUGUAAAUGCUGAUGGGAGGGAUAAUUCAUUUCCUAUUAAUUUGAACACUUUUUUUUAUUAACUCAUAAAUAAUUCAUAUAAUUAUUAUUGUAUGUUCUCUUUUUAAAUUGUUUUGCUGUACAGCACCUGAAACCUGAUAGCACCUUAGAUGGGUGGAUAUCGCCCUUCAACCCACUCCCUCCGAUACCCCGCACCGCAGACCGACCUCUCCACCAUUUAUAUUUACAGGCACACUAGCUGUCUCUGCCUUCCCUGCGAAGAUGCACACUGUUCUUAUCAAAUCAAAUCAAAUCAAAUGUUAUUAGUCACAUGCGCCGAAUACAACAGACCUUACAGUGAAAUGCUUACUUACAAGCCCUUAAACAACAAUGCAGUUUUUAAGAAAAUAAAAAAUUGAAAAUAAUAGAAGAAAAACUUUACAUUUCUGUGUCACCAGAGGAUUUUAGCUCCAUGGAUAAAUUAUUAGACUGUGGUGAUUUAAAUACUUGGAUGGCUCACAACUUCCUCCAGCUAAAUCAAGACAAGACCGAGGUACUUCUUGUUGGAGCCAAAGCACAGAGAGAGAGAAUCUGGCCGCACAUUUUAAUUAACGUCAAUAAAGAUAAAACACCAGGUUAAAAACCUAUGUGUCAUUUUGAUUCUGAACUAAUUUAUGUGCUCCCUGAAGUUGAGCUGGAGUUGCAUGGCAAAUGGUCCAGGAACAAAGGACAAUGCCAAAGCACCAGUCAGCCCUUCCCUCUCUGAGGGGCUAAAAUGUAUCUCUGCUAUAGUAUCCAGAGGAUUGACUAUAGAAUGAGUGAUAGAAUAAUGGUAUAGUAUCCAUGUCUGGUAUCUAUCUGAAACUUGUUCACUGAGGAUAACUCUGACGCUAUCUAUAUGGAUGUACGAUCUCUAUGCAAAAAGGUUUUAUGGUCCUCUCAGGAAUUCUGCCUUAUUUACAUCGGUCUCAUCCCCCACACAAGCCUUUAGAUGCUGUGACACCCUGUGGAGAUUGGGCCUGGGUGUGUCUAGGUUACUGUAAACUUGGUAUCGUUUGAUUGGUCAAUGGUGGUUGGUUUUUGGGUUGAAAGGUUACACCUUCAGUUGUUAGAAAUGGAAUGAAAAGCCUUUAUUCUCUCUUCUCCUGUAUCCAGUCCAUGGAGGAAGGUUGUAUGAUCUCUCUCUUCUCCUGUAUCCAGUCCAUGGAGGAAGGUUGUAUGAUCUCUCUCUUCUCCUGUAUCCAGUCCAUGGAGGAAGGUUGUAUGAUCUCUCUCUUCUCCUGUAUCCAGUCCAUGGAGGAAGGUUGUAUGAUCAAUCUCAUAUCCUAGGCUUCUAGAACUCUGGCCUAGUAAGCAACUCUUUGUUCAUGCUUUUUCCUGUAAUUUAACCUUAGGAUCUAUAUGCUUGGAAUAAUGUCUUGUAAUGCUUGUUAAUGCUCGUAACUUAAGCUCUAUGCCUUGUAUGUGAAUCCAUUCAUUGUACAAUGUUAACGAAAUAUUUGCCUCUGAUAUAGACAUUUCCCAGACCAAUUCUUGCUAGUCAACGUCAUCUCAUUGCCUAAUGCUUGCUUGUAUAUUUGAAUUAUCUUUACGGAGUCAGAUAAACAUUCUAAAUAGGCUAAUUGCUUAGUCUUUUUACGAGUGACACGUGAGGUAUUUAUAAUAUCAUAUAUGAUAAAAAUGACUGUCCACUACACCCUCAGGUCCUCUGGCACUGGCCAUUUAACUUUCCCAAAGCCUGGGACCAAGAGGCAUGGAGAGGCAGCCUUUAGUUACUAUGGAAUAGCCUGCCAGAGAACCUGAGGGGGGCCGAAACUGUGGACAUAUUUAAAAGAGAUCUUAAAAACACACCUUUUUAGCAUUGCUUUCUUUUCCUUAGGGUGCUUAUUAGUUCUUCAGUUUUUAUUCCUUCGUUUUUAAUUGUCUUGUGUUUGUUGUCUAGUAAAUAUUUCACUUUUCAUUUUCAUUGUUUUUUAUCAGUUUUUCCGUUAAGCACACUGCGUUGCAUUCCAUGUCUGAAAUCUGCUGUAUAAAUAAAGCUUGAUUUGAUCAUUUCAAUCAGUUUCUGGCUUUAACGAUGUAAUUUCAACCAGUUUUGCCCACUGGGUAUUGACUAAGGGCCCACACUUGCGUCACAACUCACCGACUGCCAUCAUGUAGUCCCAGCGGUCCAGUAGGCACAUGCUGAACUGCAGCCCGUCGGGGACGAGGCCCACAUCGAUGAGGGCCGACGUCCGGUCAGGUGUCUGACACACGGCCGAGGUCCAGGCCACCAGGAACCACAGCACCACCAGCAGGAUGACCCCCAGCAGACGCAGCACCCGCCAGCUGGUGAUGUAGUGGGUCCGCUGGGCCGUACGGGACAGGAACACCUUCAGCACCCUGGAGGAGGGAAGAGACAGAAGGGUUGUUGCUGUUAA